AUGACCAAGAACCAGAUGCGCCGGGCCAAAAAGAAGGAGCAGAAGAAGGCCCAGGCCGAGGUGCAGGUGCGUGGCGCUAUGAGCCAUACCUAUUUUAUAUCCGGCCGUCCCACUGACUGUCAACAGAAAAACGGGACAGGUGAAGCAACCCCAAAGGACGAGACGCCCGUCGACGAACCGAAACCCGCCGAUCUCGAAGUCAAGAACGAGUUCGAUGCGUCCACUAAGCCCGAAGCCGACGGCCCUGUCGACAGCUCGCUUCUCGACGAAGAGGACCCCGCGUUCGUCGCAUACAAAGGCAUCUUUGAGAAAUUCGGUCUCAGCUUGGACGAUGAGGAAGCCGCCAGGGAAGCAAACGCGGGCAACAAGGGAGAGGUUUUCUUCGAUCAAGACGACGAGAUUCCUAGCGAGGACGAAGACGCGCAAAAUAUGUCGAAGAAGAAGCGCAAGAAGCUAAACAAGCUAUCUAUUGCCGAGCUCAAGGCCCUAGUGCGCAACCCCGAGGUCGUCGAGUGGCACGAUGUUUCGUCGUCGGAUCCCCGCUUGCUGGUCCAGAUCAAGGCGCAACGGAACAUCGUCCCCGUACCCACACAUUGGUCUCUGAAGCGGGAAUACCUCUCCAGUAAGCGGGGUAUUGAGAAGCCCCCCUUCAAACUCCCAAAUUUCAUCUCCGAGACCGGCAUCACCGAGAUGCGCGACGCCGUAUUAGAGAAGCAAGCCGAGCAGACGCUUAAGCAGAAGCAGCGCGAGAGGGUACAGCCGAAGAUGGGCAAGCUCGACAUUGAUUAUCAAAAACUCUACGAUGCCUUCUUCCGCCAUCAGACCAAGCCAGACCUUACCCGGUUUGGUGAUGUGUACUACGAGGGCAAGGAGUGGGAAGCCGACUACAAAGUCUUCAAGCCAGGCGAUGUUAGCGAGGGGCUGAGAGAAGCCCUCGGGAUGCAGCCUAGCUUCCCCCCUCCUUGGCUGCUCCAGCAACAGCGUGUUGGCCCUCCUCCCUCCUAUCCCACCCUCAAGAUUCCCGGCCUCAACGCCCCGAUCCCGGCGGGAGCAGCCUGGGGUUUCCAGCCUGGUCAAUGGGGCAAACCACCACUGGACGAGUAUAACCGUCCUCUUUACGGCGGCGACAUUUUUGGCCUCAUGGCCCCCGGCCAACCUGGCGCUACUGCGCCCUACCAACAACAGCAACAACAACAACAGCUACCACCUCAACAACCCCAAGCAGCGGCUGCCGCUAGUGCGCUUGCCGAGCCGAUUGAGCGUGCCCUCUGGGGCGAGCUACAACCGCCCGAAGAAGAAUCAGAGGAAGAGGAGUCGGAAGAAGAAGAAUCCGACGAGGAGGGCUCCGACGCCGGGGACUUGCCCCCCGGUGGCACCGAUACCACCACCGGUCUCGAGACCCCAGCCGGGUACGCCAGCACAGUCCACACUGACCUCCACCCAGCCGGCGGUGCAGAGACUAGCAUGGCCGGCGAAUUCGACCUGCGGAAAACCCGCCGCGGGUUCGAAACCGAAGAGUCGUCUUAUGGCGCCCCCCGCCAAGCCUACACCGUCAUCCCCGAACGCCAGGGCCGUGCCGAAGGGUUCUUCGGCAGCGACAAGACCUACGAUCUCACGAAACCUGGCGGCUCAGGAUCCCUCCACUACCAGCACAUGCCCAUGCUCGGCCAAAUCAACGAGGACGACGCGUCACGCAAGCGCAAGAAGCCCGGUGAUGUCGACGUGGCGCUCGACCCAGACGCGCUCGCGGCCUCGGGAAGCGGCAGCGGACUGGACAAGGAAGAGUUGCGCCGGCAGUACGAGGCGGGCCGGCGCGAGGAAGGGGCGGGCGCGCAGUGGAGCCGGUCGGCAGCGUAUGAAGAGGACUUGAGCGAUAUGAUUGCGCAGGAGAGUCGGAAGAGGCAGAGGAGGGAGGAGGAGAGGCGCGGGGAGAGGGAGAAGGGGAGGAGGUAG